AUGGUUGCUGGCAUUGUGCAUUGUGUUUAUUGUUUCGACGUACUUGCCGCCAGUCUCGAAGAAAGAGAGCAUAUAGAACCGGAAUUCGAGAAUGAUCAGUAUCCACUUUUUGUAACUUGGAAUAUUGUACACCAUGGUCAAACUCGUCUUCGUGGGUGCAUAGGAAACUUCGAUGCCCUUUCUCUUCAUUCCGGCCUCAAAGAAUACGCCAUUACUAGUGCCAUGCACGAUAGAAGAUUCUCUCCCAUUACUAUCCGAGAGUUGUCCCAACUAACUUGCAGUGUUUCCCUCCUAACGAACUUCGAAGAAGCAGAAGACUAUCUUGAUUGGGAGAUCGGUGUUCACGGUAUCUGGAUUGAAUAUGUUGACGACCACAAUCGUCGUAAAACUGCUACGUACUUGCCGGAGGUUGCAGAGGAGCAAGGUUGGACCAAGGAAGAAACCAUUGAUUCUCUUCUCCGAAAAAGCGGAUACAACGGUAGAAUUACUGAUAAAAUUCGUAAUCGUAUCGUUCUCACACGUUAUCAGAGCGCCAAGCAUAGUAUAACUUAUGAAGAAUAUCUUCAGUAUAUCAGCAACAAUUCUCAAAAACAUAAUGAAAAAGUUAAUAAAGUCGAAGUGCCUAAACAGAAGUUAAUGGUUGAUGGGUUCGACGCGGAGGAAUUGAAUUAG